AUGGCGGGCGCGCUCACCGACGUGCUGGGAGAGGUGCUGGUGGCCGCCGACGGCGAAGAGGUGGCCGUGUCGGCGCUGGCCGCCCGAGGGGUCUCGUUGGUGGGGCUCUACUUCGGGUGCAGCCUCGGCGGCCCCUGCGCGCAGCUCGGCGCCAGCCUGGCCGCCUUCUACGGGCGCUUUAGGGGGGAGGCGGCGGCGGCCGGCGGGCAGCGCCUCGAGAUCGUCUUCGUGUCGGCGGAGCAGGAGCAGCAGCAGUGGCAGGAGGCGGUGCGGGCCAUGCCCUGGCUGGCGCUGCCCUUCGCCGACAAGCACCGCAAGCUGAAGCUGUGGAACAAGUACAGAGUUUCCAACAUUCCUUCCCUAAUAUUUAUUGAUGCCUCCACUGGGAAGGUGGUUUGCAGGAACGGCCUCCUGGUCAUCCGAGAUGACCCUGAAGGUCUGGAGUUCCCUUGGGGGCCAAGACCCUUCAGUGAAGUUGUUGCUGGGCCUCUGCUAAGGAACAAUGGGCAGACACUGGACAGCAGUGCCUUGGAGGGCUCUCACGUCGGGGUCUAUUUCUCUGCACACUGGUGCCCACCUUGCCGAAGCCUCACGAGGGUGUUGGUGGAGUCCUACAGGAAAAUCAAGGAGGCAGGCCAGAAGUUUGAGAUCCUCUUUGUUAGUGCAGACAGGUCAGAGGACUCCUUCAAGCAGUACUUCAGUGAGAUGCCCUGGGUGGCCGUGCCCUACGCUGAUGAGGCCAGACGGUCACGCUUGAACCGACUCUACGGCAUCCAAGGCAUCCCGACUCUGAUCGUGCUGGACUCCAAGGGAGAUGUGAUCACGAGGCAGGGCCGGGUGGAAGUGCUGAACGACAUCGAGUGCCGCGAAUUCCCCUGGCACCCCAAGCCCGUGCUGGAGCUGACAGACUCCAACGCCGUGCAGCUGAAUGAGGGCCCCUGCCUCGUUCUCUUUGUAGAUUCAGAAGAUGACGGGGAGUCGGAGGCAGCAAAACAACUGAUUCAGCCCAUAGCUGAAAAAAUCAUAACCAAGUACAAAGCCAAAGAGGAGGAAGCACCGCUGCUGUUCUUCGUGGCGGGUGAGGACGACAUGACUGACUCCCUGAGAGAUUACACCAACCUGCCCGAGGCUGCACCCCUGCUCACCAUCCUGGACAUGUCAGCCCGGGCCAAGUACGUGAUGGAUGUGGAGGAGAUCACACCCGAAAUCGUGGAAGCCUUUGUCAGCGACUUUCUAGCAGACAAGCUAAAACCCGAGCCCAUCUAA